UUCUCAAUUGCAACCCGCUUGUGAUCGCGGGCUCAUGGCGCUGUGUGCCUUUGGUUUGGUGAGCGGUGAUGCUACAUUGGCUGGAGCAGCCCUAGGUGAACUUAUGAACAAAAAGAACGGGUCUGAUGUUUUAACGGGCAAUAUUUGCUAUCUUUACUCACGGUUUUACGCCAUGCAGGGAAAUCAAAAACUUGGACGGAGUCACAUCAUGAAAGAGAUCCAUCGUAAUCCAAGAAGCAGCUUAUUGUGGAGUCAGUUGGCGUCCUAUCUACUGCAGGCCUGUCCCGACGAGUUGCAGGCUGCGGCUCGCUGCUCUGAAUCUUCUGCAACACUUGGAGGAAGUCAUUCAUCAGAGCAAAACCCCGCUUUCCAGCCAGCCGGUAUCGUGGGCUCGGGUUUCUUGCGUCACGACGUUAGAAAAGUCAAUCACACGCGUGCUACAUACAGGACUCCCACAGGUCUUAAGGAAUCCCAGAAGGCUGUUCAUGCGCAUCCUGAUCAUGUAUCUAGCUGGGCAGUGCUAGCGACUUCUGUUACAGCUCACGAUAUAGCUAAGAGUCGCGAAGAACUGGGGAGGGACAAAAGCCGUCUUGGCGCCAGGCUCUCUCAGUUUGUGGAGUCAGCAGCUCACCGGGAGGAAGGGGCUCUGAAGUCCUUAUCUGAUCAUCAGCUGCCAGCCCUUGUUAAAUUAAGGACCAGUCACCUGGAGAUUCUGCAGUCCUGGGCUAUUAUUCACCAUGGUUACUCUCUCCUGCAUGCUGGAUUGCAACAAGAGGCUGCUGUACUUGUUGACAAGGCGUUAUUGGUGUACAGUUCAGUCCCCCAAAUCUCCGCCCAACUUCACUUCUUAAAGGCUCAAGUGUUACUAGCCAGCGGAGAACCUGUGGAGACUGGACUAAACAUGUUACAAACAUCUCUAUUGUCCAGUCCCACGCAUUCAUCAAAUGCCUGGCAGGUUUUAGCUCAAGUACAAGCUCAUCAAGGCGCAUCAAUGGCGGCCGAGCUUUGCUAUCGACAGUGUCUGCAGGCGGGAAUGGACAGCAGAGCUCAAAGCUGGCGAACUGUCCCGUUGAUAAGACUGGCGUUGUUAGCUGUCCAAAUGGUACAGCAGUCGCAGUCCGCUGACCGAGACCGUUGGAUAAAUCUUUCUCUUGAAGCUUCAAACGAGGUCCUAAAGUUGAAUUCAAGUGUUUCAGCUGCCUAUCUUAUUCAAGGGAUUCUACAUUUUCUUCAAGACAAUGCAAGGGCAUCUAGAAGAGCCUUCCAACAUGUGAUAGAGUCUGGCACAGCGUCUGGCUCAGCGAUAGCUCAGUACUGGCUGCUAUCAAUUUAUAUGAAGAAGAAAGAUCUCUCCGCUGCCCAGGAUCUUAUUUCUGAAGCCAAGUACCAUGGUAACAAGCGAUUAGAUCUGAUUUAUUACCGCCUUACUAAGGACGGAGACCUGUCUGAGGCAGCUAAGAAACGUCUGAUUGAAAGAUGUGUCCACGUGAACCCAUCCGAACAGAUAUUUUGGAAUUCCUUGAAGGAAUACGAUUAGGAAAAUGUUCGAUCUCAAAUUACCCGUUGAUAAAAACUAUGGCGAAUUUAGAAUUACCACUUGCCAAAUGUUACUAAAGCUCGGAACAUUUAAAGAACAAACAGUCAAAAGGUUUUCAAAGUAAUGUUUACUUCAAUUCAUUAUCAAAAACGCUCUAUUUUAAACAACUGCCCUAUUUCGAUAUUCGUGGGAGCCCCACUCAGUAUGAGCCUAGCUCCAUGUUUCGUAAACGAAAAACAAUUGUGAACUAAGACUCUUAAAUUACACCCGAAGGUGGCUAGGCCGGAACAUUGUGAUAAAAAAUACAAUAAAAGACAUUUACUUCUCGAUGGCCUUAGGGUAAUCAGAAACAUAG